GUCAGAUGAAUGGGUGCUAAAGGGAAUCUCAGGUUAUAUUUAUGGCCUUUGGAUGAAAAAAACCUUUGGUGUUAAUGAGUAUCGCCACUGGAUUAAACAGGAGUUAGAUCAAAUAGUGGCAUAUGAACUGAAGACUGGUGGAGUUUUACUGCAUCCAAUAUUCGGAGGAGGAAAAGAGAAAGACAACCCUGCGUCACAUUUACAUUUUUCUAUCAAACACCCUCAUACACUGUCCUGGGAAUAUUACACUAUGUUCCAGUGUAAAGCACAUCUUGUUAUGAGGCUGAUUGAGAACAGGAUUAGCAUGGAGUUCAUGUUACAGGUUUUCAACAAGUUGUUGAGUCUGGCCAGCACUGCUUCAUCUCAGAAGUUCCAGUCACACAUGUGGAGUCAGAUGUUGGUUUCCACAUCUGGGUUUUUGAAAUCUAUCUCAAAUGUCUCUGGCAAAGACAUCCAACCUUUAAUAAAGCAAUGGGUGGAUCAGAGUGGAGUGGUAAAAUUUUAUGGUAGCUUUGCAUUUAAUAGAAAACGGAAUGUAUUAGAAUUGGAAAUAAAACAAGACUACACAUCUCCUGGCACUCAGAAAUACGUGGGUCCUCUGAAAGUGACAGUGCAAGAACUUGAUGGAUCAUUCAACCAUACAUUGCAGAUUGAAGAAAACAGUCUUAAACAUGACAUACCUUGCCAUUCUAAAAGCAGAAGAAAUAAGAAGAAAAAGAUUCCACUGAUGAAUGGAGAAGAGGUGGACAUGGACCUUUCUGCUAUGGAUGCUGAUUCCCCUUUGCUCUGGAUAAGAAUAGACCCUGAUAUGUCAGUACUGAGGAAGGUAGAAUUUGAACAAUCUGAUUUCAUGUGGCAGUAUCAGCUUCGAUAUGAGAGAGAUGUGGUUGCACAAGAAGAAGCCAUCCUGGCAUUGGAAAAGUUCCCUACUCCAGCAUCGCGGCUUGCACUGACUGAUAUACUAGAACAGGAACAGUGUUUCUACCGGGUGAGAAUGCUGGCCUGCUUCUGCCUUGCAAAGAUUGCAAAUUCCAUGGUAAGUACGUGGACAGGACCACCAGCCAUGAAGUCACUCUUUACCCGAAUGUUUUGUUGUAAGACUUGUCCAAACAUUGUGAAGACCAACAACUUCAUGAACUUUCAAAGCUACUUUCUGCAAAAGACUAUGCCUGUUGCCAUGGCCCUUCUGAGAGAUGUUCACAACCUCUGUCCUAAGGAGGUUUUAAUGUUUAUUUUGGAUUUGAUCAAGUAUAACGAUAACAGGAAGAAUAAGUUUUCAGACAACUACUAUCGUGCUGAGCUGAUCGAUGCCCUAGCCAACUCUGUAACUCCUGCAGUCAGUGUGAACAAUGAAGUUCGAACAUUGGAUAACUUAAAUCCUGAUGUUCGACUUAUUCUUGAGGAAAUCACCCGUUUCCUAAAUAUGGAGAAGCUUCUUCCCAGUUACAGGCAUACAAUUACAGUCAGCUGUUUAAAAGCUAUUCGAGUACUUCAGAAGAAUGGUCAUGUCCCAAGUGAUCCUGCUCUCUUCAAGUCAUAUGCAGAAUAUGGGCACUUCAUAGAUGUCCGAAUAGCAGCAUUGGAUGCUGUCGUUGAUUACACAAAAGUUGAUAGGAGCUAUGAAGAGUUACAGUGGCUGCUUAAUAUGGUUCAGAAUGAUCCUGUACCCUACAUAAGGCAUAAGAUUCUGGAUAUGCUGACUAAGAAUCCACCUUUUACCAAGAACAUGGAGUCACCUUUAUGUAAUGAAGCUUUGGUAGAUCAGCUUUGGAAACUGAUGAAUUCAGGAACUUCGCAUGACUGGAGAUUACGAUGUGGUGCUGUGGACCUCUAUUUCACACUUUUUGGCCUCAGCAGACCUUCUUGUUUACCAUUACCAGAGCUUGGACUUGUUCUUAAUCUGAAAGAAAAGAAGGCUGUACUUAAUCCAACGAUUAUCCCUGAAUCAGUUGCCAAUAAUCAGGAACCUGUGAAUAGUGCUAACAAUCACGGGCAGUCAGUAGGAUUUCAGAACACCGAGGAUGAUCAUCUUAUUAAGGAAACAGCAUCCAGCAUUUCUGGUCAUCAGCAGGGGGUGAAGAGGAAGGCUGAUAUGCCACUCGGGUCUCCAUUGGAGCCAGGGCAAAUACUAGAGAAGAAUGAAGACAGUAAAGUCAAACUCAAAAUCAGAUUCUCAAACUCUCAAGAAGAGGAGGAAAUUGAUAUGGACACAGUUCAUGACAGUCAAGCCUUUAUCUACCAUCAUUUGAAUAUGUUGGAGAGACCAUCCACACCAGGUAAAGAACAAUCUUCAGGAGAGAUGAACAUGCACCCUGUCUCAGCAGCUCCCCUCUCUGUGUUUAGUAAAGAAUCAAACUCCUCAAAGCAUAGUGAUCACCAUCACCAUCACCACCAUGAGCACAAGAAAAAGAAGAAGAAACACAAGCAUAAGCAUAAGCAUAAACACAAACAUGAUAAUAAAGAAAAGGAAAAGGAUCCCUUUGCUUUCUCUAACAGUCCAGCCAGUGCACGAUCAAUCCGUUCCCCGUCACUUUCAGACUGA